GUUUACCCCUCCACGGGUUUACAUUUGGUGAAUCUGUCUCCCCCUCCUGUCUCGUUCUCGGUUUCUUUCCUCUAUUAUUUUCCACUCAGAUUCUCGUGGUUUAAAAUGGCGGCGUUGAGCAGCGCCGAGUCCCCACCGCCCGUCUUCAACGGAGACGCCAUGAACCGCGAUCCGGAGCGGGACCCGGGACUGCACGAGCUGGGCGCGGGGCUCGAACCCGACUGUCCCGGUGGAGCGGCCAGCACCGAAUGCCAACAGGACAUUCCCGAGGAGAUAUGGAACAUCAAACAGAUGAUUAAGUUAACCCAAGAGCACCUAGAAGCCCUUUUAGAUAAGUUUGGAGGAGAACACAAUCCACCAUCUAUAUACCUGGAGGCCUAUGAAGAGUACACUAGUAAGCUGGAUGCAUUACAGCAGCGGGAACAGCAGCUUUUGGAGGCCAUUGGGAACGGAACAGAGUUUUGCUCCUCGCCCACACCCAUCCUUCUGGAUGUGAAGGGACCGGGCACCCAGAGUGCCCCCGCCACCCCAAAUACCUUAGCUGUCCUGCAGACCCCUACAGACCCAACCCGAGGGAAUCCCCGCUCGCCCCAGAAACCCAUCGUAAGGGUUUUCCUGCCCAACAAACAGAGGACAGUGGUUCCAGCUCGUUGUGGGAUGACUGUGAGAGACUCCUUAAAAAAGGCUCUGAUGAUGCGAGGCCUGAUCCCAGAAUGCUGUGCGGUUUACAGGGUUCAGGAUGGGGAGAAGAAGCCCAUUGGCUGGGACACAGACAUUUCCUGGUUGACGGGGGAGGAGCUCCAUGUUGAGGUUUUAGAGAAUGUGCCACUGACGACCCAUAAUUUUGUGCGAAAGACCUUCUUCACGCUGGCCUUCUGUGACUUUUGCCGGAAGCUGCUGUUUCAGGGCUUCCGCUGCCAAACGUGCGGCUACAAGUUCCACCAGCGCUGCAGCACAGAGGUCCCGCUCAUGUGUGUCAACUACGAUCAGCUGGAUUUACUGCUGGCAUCAAAAUUUCUAGUGCACCACCCCUUUACCCAGGAGGAGCCAUCAUCCGAGGGCACGACACCCGUGUCAGAGAUGUGCCCCUCCCUGCCUCCAUCCGAGUCCACUGGGUCUCUGUGCCAUCCUACUGUGUCCCCAUCCAAAUCCAUCCCUAUCCCACAGUCCUUUAGACCUGGAGCUGGAGAGGAGGACCACCGCAACCAGUUUGGCCAGAGGGAUCGCUCUUCCUCAGCCCCUAACGUCCAUAUCAACACCAUCGAGCCCGUCAACAUUGAUGAUUUGAUCCGUGAUCAAGGCUUACUGAGGUCAGAUGGAGCCCCCUCGCAACACCCAGCCCGCUGCUUGAGGAAGAACCGAACACGGACCUCAAGCCCCCUUCUGUCCUCCCACCCCAAUGACAUUGUCUUUGAUUUUGAGCCUGAGCCAGUAUUCAGAGGCUCUACACCAGGCCUGUCGGCCACCCCUCCUGCCUCCCUGCCUGGUUCCCUGCCCAAUGUGAAGGUGUCCAAAUCACCCUGCCAACCGAGAGAACGGAAGCCGUCGUCUUCAUCUGAGGACCGCAAUAAAAUGAAAACCCUGGGUCGACGGGACUCGAGCGAUGAUUGGGAGAUCCCGGAAGGUCAGAUUACCCUGGGACAGCGGAUAGGAUCUGGCUCUUUUGGAACCGUCUACAAGGGGAAGUGGCACGGUGAUGUGGCGGUAAAGAUGUUGAAUGUCACAGCUCCCACUCCACAGCAGCUACAGGCCUUUAAGAAUGAAGUUGGUGUCCUCAGGAAAACCCGCCAUGUGAAUAUCCUGCUCUUCAUGGGCUACACCACCAAACCCCAGCUGGCUAUAGUUACACAGUGGUGUGAAGGCUCGAGUCUCUACCACCACCUGCACAUCAUCGAGACCAAGUUUGAGAUGAUCAAGCUGAUUGACAUUGCCCGGCAGACAGCUCAGGGCAUGGACUAUCUGCAUGCCAAGUCCAUCAUCCAUAGAGAUCUGAAGAGUAACAAUAUCUUUUUGCAUGAGGACCUAACAGUAAAGAUUGGUGAUUUCGGUCUGGCUACAGUGAAAUCCCGCUGGAGUGGCUCACACCAGUUUGAGCAGCUUUCUGGCUCUAUCUUGUGGAUGGCUCCAGAGGUAAUCAGACUGCAGGAUAAAAACCCAUACAGUUUCCAGUCAGAUGUCUACGCGUUUGGUAUUGUGCUCUACGAGCUCAUGUCAGGGGCUCUGCCUUAUUCUAACAUCAACAACAGAGACCAGAUUAUCUUCAUGGUUGGCCGGGGUUACCUUUCUCCUGACCUGAGCAAAGUGCGCAGUAAUUGCCCCAAGGCCAUGAAGAGACUUAUGGCAGAUUGUCUGAAGAAAAAGCGAGAGGAGAGACCUCUUUUCCCUCAGAUCCUGGCCUCGAUUGAGUUAUUGGCACGCUCUCUGCCCAAGAUCCACCGCAGUGCUUCUGAACCGUCCCUUAACCGCGCUGGAUUCCAGACAGAAGACUUCAGCCUGUACGCCUGCGCUUCCCCCAAGACGCCCAUUCAGGCUGGUGGCUAUGGUGAAUUCUCAGCAUUUAAAUAGUGCUCCAAAUUCUAAAGCUCCAUCCCUUGUCAGUUUUUGCUAUGCCUUGUGUUCCUACGGUGGGUUCAUCCAUAACAACACAAGGAAUAGUUUUCAAAGAAUGUGCCGUUUUUCUUCCUCUUUACCCGAAGAGCUACGGCCUCAAUGGAAUUGCUUUAAAAUAAAAUGAUCUCUGCAGGAUGUCAUUGCUGAAUUUACGAAAAUGUCAUAAACAUCACAUAGGACAACUCGAUAAAAAACGACUGAGGUGAGAAACCAACAUCUGGUCACUGGAAAGGAAAAAGGCAAUCAAACCCAAACAGAUUAUGGAAGGGAAUAAAAACCUUUCCCCAAGAAGAAAGAUAAACGGGUUUGGGAUGAAUGAUAUUGGGAGCACAAGCCCCACUUUUGCUUCACCCCUGGAGCGGAAAAACAUAGCACUGGCCAAUCAGAAAACAGGGUCCAGUGGCAUGGAAUGAUGGGAAAGUUGGCAUAAGAGAGGCCAUCAAGCCGCAGUCGUGGAAAGGUGCUGAAUGUCAGGAGAUAACUUGAAUGAUAUUUAGAAAUGUUUUUUCUCUUGCAAUGAGUUUGUUCUUGGCAGGAGUUACUAAUAAUAUAGAUUUCUUUUGUUUUCAGCAUUUUUUCCCCCUCAAGGGUCAUAUGUUGUAGAUAAACACCCUUUUUUUCUGUUACAGAUAUAGUUUGUGAACAGGUAUAAAUGAAGCAACCAUCAAAAGACCUCUUAAAUAUAUAUAUAUUAUUGAAUAUUAUUUAGCUUCUUUUGCUUUUAAUUCUGAUUCAAGGCAAACUCUAGUACUUUUUUUAUUUUGCAUUUCACAUCCCCACUAAUGUCCCACGCAAAGAAGCCUGGGUAAAUGUUUUUAGUCUUGGAUCGGCACAGAUACCAUACAACAUUUCCCUGGUGGGCAAAUUCAAAGCCAUUUCUGCGCUUCUAGAGAAUGUGAUUUUAGUUUUAUUUUGUUUUGCCUCCUUAUAAUAGCUGUCAUGUUUCUGAAUAAGUCAAAGGUCAUAUUAUUUAAAGAUUCUUGUAGAAAAACCCACUGUAUAAAGCAAACACGAAGCUUUGCUAUGGACUUACAAUGUGGGCGUAUUUCAGAUGUAUUUCUGUACUUUUCACUACAACUUUACUCAUUAGAAGCCAUUCCUUUGAGGCCGUAACAGUUAAUUGAUUUCCUUUUUUUUGGGGAUCCAUCAUGUGACAACUCUUUGGACCUUGCACCUCUGGAUUCAUUCCAAUAUGUUUGUUCACGGGUCUUCGUUUUUUGUUUUUUUUUUAAGUUUCAUAUAGUUUUUCUUGUGUUCUAGACAGGCAGGCCUGCAAAGUUACAUUAAUUUAUAUUGCUUUAAUUUUAUUACUUUUUGUUCGGUGUUGUCUCAAACUCUCGGAGAGGUGUGUGUGUGUGUGUAUAUAUAUAUUUUUUCUCUCACUCAUUCUGUGAUUUGCUGAAAUGGACAUUACGCAGUGUGUCUGUGCACUUUGUAUAAAUGACUGACACAGAUAAGCAAUUUUGCCUUUUUAAAGACUUAAUAUAUUUUGUCAUAUGAAGAGGUUAAAGCAUGGUUACCGGAUUGCAAAAUGAAUGAAAAUCGAUUUCAAAAGCAGGCAGGGCCAUGGGACACUAAAAACCAAAGCUUAAUCCAACCUCCUUACGCCAUCUGUGUCCACCUUCAACAUUGCCGGUGAAUGGUUAUCUGGAUCUUCGACCAAAUCGAUUCGCCCUAUGACUCAAAAGGCUUCCUGUUCGCAGAGUGCGACAAAGCGGCGACUCUUCGUUUCAAGUUGGUCCAAAGACUUCUACGUCAACCUACUAGCAUAGCUUUGGGCUGUAGUGACACUAGCACUGUGUAGCCCGAAGUUCACUGUGGAUGGUGGAAGUGGCCUUGUAGGGAUGCUUUUCGUAAUUCUGCCUCUCCUAAGGGAAAUAAGUGGCUCCACCUUCUUUUUUUUUCAUAGGAAAUGACACUUUUGCUUUCGGCUCCACAAAAUACUUGAUGUUGCACAGAUAACCGAGGCUCUGCGUGAGGACAAGCGCCCCAUCUUCUUGCUUCUGUUCAGAUGGAUUGACUUAUUUAUUUUGGUUCUCUUUUUGAUUGUUUUUAUAAGAGCGAUGCUCUGUGAAUUGGUUCCGCCACUUAAACUUGCCAUUAAGGAGAGAGGAGCUCCACAGAUCCUUUCGGUCAUGACGGUGGUCACUGUUUUCACAUGUAUAGUUUGUGACGAGACGUUUGAAUGGACUUGUUCUCAGAUUAAGCUGGCAAACCUAACAUGGGUUGCGUAUGGAGAUGGUAGAGGUGUAUUUUAAGAAUGCUCUAUUUAUUUUCUAUGGGAAUGUUACUGAGGUCUGACUUGUGAAGGAUUGAUCCUUCUUGACUGGAAUACUUGGGGACCUGCUUAAUUAAAACUCAGAGAUACACAUAAAUGUAUUCUCUAAAAACAUUUUACUUUCACUCCCCAACCCCCCGUUUUAUUUGCUUUUUUUAAAGCCUUCACCAAAAAACGUCUGGAUUACAUUCUCUUUCUGUUGCCUUGCCUGCACUUUAAACCCCCAGCCAGUGCAAGUUCAUUCAAGUAAGAACUAUCAUACAAAUAUUUGGGAGACUCUUUUCAUCUGUAAAUAGCUGUACAAAGGAAGUACUGUCCGUUUGCUAGGAGGCAUGGAGAUAAAAACAAUGAAAUGACUUCAAAUGUUUCAACUUACGAAAUAAAGGUUAAGAAAAGACGUUUUGAUAGAUGAAAUUCUGAUAAAAUGUUUCUGUGUAAAAAUAUAUAAAAAAAGACUGUAUAAUAUAAAAGGAAAAAAGAGCUUAAUGUAUUUGUUGUGAAUAUGAAAAACUGAUAUAUUAAAGAAGUGCAUGAAAACUG